CAUCUUUCUCUUUCUAUUCUAUAUUCUAAUCCAGGAUGAUCAGCUGUUACACCUUCGUUAUCAAUAAAAUUGAUAACAAAAGCAGCUUUUGUUUAUCACAUAAAACUGAAUUUAGAUAACAAGUGAACAAAUAAUUUAACAAAGAGCUUAUUGAUCAACAAUGGAGUGUCAUAUUUUUGGAAAAAUGAAUUGGAUUAAAAUAUCACUGAUACUUUGUAUGUUUGGAUUUUUAAAAGAAUUUCGUCCAGGUGAACCAUUUGUCACUGAUUAUCUAACUGGAUAUAAAAACUUCACCAUUGUUGAAGUAACUGAAGAAAUAUAUCCAAUUGGAACAUACAGCUAUCUUGCAACACUUGUAUUUAUGUUUUUAAUAACAGAUUUACUUUGUUAUAAACCAAUAAUAAUAUUAUGUGGACUAUCUGGUAUUGUUACAUUUACCAUGUUGACAUUUUGUCAAUCAUUAUUUGCCAUGAAACUUGUUGAAUUUAAUUAUGGUUUAUAUUUAUCAACUGAGCUUGCAUAUUACACAUAUAUUUAUGCAAAAGUUGACAAAGAACAUUAUCAAAAAGUAUCGAGCUAUACACGUUCAGCAUUUUUAUUUGGAAAAUUUUUUGCUGGUACAUGUUCACAAGGAUUUGUAUCAUUUAAUCUACUCAACUAUCAUCAACUUAAUUAUCUAACAAUUGGAGGUCAAGUUUUUGCAACAAUUGUAUCAUUCUUUUUACCAUCUGUAAAACAAUCAGCAUAUUUUAAUCCAAAAUCAAUAACAGUUGAGGCAAAUUUUAACCUUGAAAAUUCAUCAACUCAAAUAUCUUUCAAUAAAAUUGAUGCAAAUGAUUGCAACAAGACGAAUGAUAAACCUUUCAUUAAAAAAUUACAAAGAGCAUAUUUUUUAUUAUGGAAAGAUUUUUUAAAAGCUUACACAAAUUUACAUGUUUUAAAAUGGUCAAUUUGGUGGGCAGCUGCAUCAUGUGGAUAUUUACAAAUUGUGAGCUACAGUCAGCCUGUUUGGCAAACUGCUGUUGAAGAUAAUCAAAAAAUUUAUAAUGGUGCAGUUGAAGCUAUUUACUCAAUUAUUGGAGCAGCAACUGUAUUUUUAAUUGGACUGUUGAAAUUAAAUUGGAGUUUUUUGGGUGAAGCAUUUAUUGCUAUAUUUACAUUUGUUGAAGCAUUUAUUUUAUUUGUUAUAUCAAAUAAUUUCAAUAUUUGGAUUUUAUAUAGUUUGUAUAUUGUAUUUGGUGUUAUCUAUCAUACAAUAAUUACAGUUGCAAGUUUUGAAAUUGCUAAAAAAAUAUCUGACGAUAAUUAUGGACUUGUUUUUGGUGUUAAUAUUACAAUGUCAUUGGCGAUGCAAAGUUUGUUGACUUAUAUUGUAACAAGUGGAAGAGUAUUUAAAUUAGAAAUUAGAAAACAAUUUGUUGUUUAUUCUGGUUACUUUGUUGUACUUGCAGUGCUAUUUACAGUAAUGGCAAUAUUUACAAUAACCAGAAAAAUAAAAAGAGGUGAAGAUUUAAAUAUAUGGAAGACUGAUAGUACCAAAAAAGUUGAUGUUAAUGAUGAAUCAGUAAUGCAUGUGCCUGUUGAUAAUUGUUGACACGAACAUUGUUAAUAAUAUUCUGGUGAGAAUAAUAAUAUUAUAUUCUCAAGUUUUAUUUUUUUCUUUUGAUUUUAUUAAUUAAAUUUUAUAUCUUUUAUUUACGUAAUUUUAUAACGUUGUCCUUUGCUCAAAUAUAUACAUGAGAUUUUCCUUUCGUAUAAUUUUAUUUUAAUUUCAACUAAUUCAAUGAUACAUGUAAAUAUUUGUAUAAAUAUCAAUUUAGAAAAAAAAUUAUGUACCUAAAAAUGACGCACUCAAAGUUGUCCUGUUAUUAUUUAAAAAAUUUUUAUCCAUAAAUUGUAAAGUAUUAAAUUAAAAUGAAUUAAUAAUUUAUCAGUUAACGAUAGUAUUUCAUCGGCAUACAUUAUGUCAUCAAUGACGUAUUUGUUGAUAGAUAAAAAGACAUAAAAAUAAUAUAACUGUUUUAUUUUUAUUGUCAAGUUUUUAAGUUGCCCAUUUUUAUAAUCUCAGACGUCUUGGGUUUUACCCAUUUAUGUACGUAAAAGUUAAGAUGAAACAAGAGCAAAGUAAAUUUACUUUAAACUCAAAGUAUGACCUCAUGUAAAAUUGGAAAGCCCAAGAAACAGGAAAUAAUAUUUUAUUGUCCAUAAAAUAAUUACAAAAAGAAUGAAAAAAAAAAAAAUAGUAUUGUGAAAAACAAAA